GGUGAAGCUCAGUCAGCCAGCAGGCAGCAGGGAGCACGGAGCUACCACCUGCCCUGGCAGCCAGCAACAAGUGAACCACCGCUGCUCGACACUUACCCACACACACGCACGCUCCCCGCAACGCUCUCUUUCUCUCAGCGUUCAGUUUUUUAAUAAAUUUAUCCAAAGGAAACUGGAAAUAUAACGUAGCAGUGACAAUUUGCUGAUGUAUACACACUUUCCCGCCAAAACUCCUCAGCUUACCAAUGAAAAUAUUGAAACUUAACAUUAAUCUGAUGUAAAGUUGUGAACAGAUGCGAGUAAGGUAGGCUUGGAGGCAAAAAUUUGUUUACCUCCGAUGAAUGAAAAGUAGCCGAGCAGUUUUGUUGACGAUAAUAAAUAGUAGUAGUAGUAGCAGUAGUAACAGUAGUAUUAGUAGUAGUAGUAGUAGUAGCAGCAGCAGAAGUAGUAGCAGUAGUAGUAGCAGUAGUAGUAGCAGCAGUAGUAGUAGUAGCAGUAGUAGUAGUAAAUCGAAGUGGAAUUACCGUGCCAGUAAGGGGUUAUAUAGAGAAUAACAGCGUGGAAAGGUGGAGGGGCGCAUGCACUGACGCAUCUCUCUUGUGCUGCCAUCCUGCGUAACUUCAAGCAAGGAGACCAUGUACUGACGUGGCUGUCUUCAACUGCCUUCCUUCCUGCGUAACUUCAAGUGAGGGAGACUAUGCACUGACGCAUCUCUCUUGUGCUGCCUUCCUUCCCUCGGUCUUGCGACUUCUAGUGAAGGAGACGAGAUUUCACGAGAAGGUCGCCGAUGGAAGGAAACGAGACGGAGUCAGCCAUGGAGGACUGGGCGUGGGAGGAGAUGUCGGCCUCCAAGCAUGGAAACGGCUCUUCGGAGACGCCUGGAAGAGGCUGGGGCAGCAGCCUGGCCCAGAAGGACGAGACCACUCGACGAAAAGCUGCGUGCGAAGCUCUCCACGCGACUUUACCCACCCCGGACCCUUCUUUCGGUCCAUACUGUCCACGGACGUUCGACGGCUGGUCAUGUUGGAACGACACCCCAGCUGGCACCAGAGCUUACGUUCAGUGUCCCGACUUUGUCAUAGGGUUCGACCCCCAGCGAAGUGGACACAAAGACUGUGACGAGAACGGUUCCUGGUUCAUCCAUCCGUACACUAACCAGUCCUGGUCCAACUACACUACUUGCGUCGAUAUGUCCAAUCUAGAGCUUCACCAAGGUGUCAACACGAUAUACAUUGCUGGUUACUCCAUGUCUCUAGUGGCUCUCUGCAUCUCCCUCUUCAUCUUCUGUUUCUUCAAAUCCCUCAAGUGCACCCGGGUGACGAUUCACAAGAACCUCUUCGUCAGUUUCAUCAUCAACAACGCCAUGUGGCUUGUGUGGUUCGAGUGUGUAGUCAGCAAACCAGACGUCGUCGCCGGGAAUUCGGCAGAGUGCCAGGUCCUGCAUGUCUUCCUUCACUACUUUCUUGUCUCGAACUACUUCUGGAUGUUUUGCGAAGGUCUCUAUCUGCACACACUCCUCGUUGUCGCCUUCGUCGCCGAAGACAGGAUCAUGAAGUGGUUCUUUCUCCUGGGCUGGGGAGCUCCCAUCGCCCUCACCAUCAUAUAUGCAUCGGCAAGAGCCGCUGACGCAGCACAGAAUGUCCAUUGCUGGAUGGAGGACGGGGCGUACAACUACAUCCUCAGUGUUCCAGUGGUGCUCUCCAUGCUGCUUAAUCUCUUCUUCCUGGUCAAUAUUGUCAGGGUGUUGGUGACCAAGCUGCGUGCCGUCAACACCUCCCCAGACACACACUCCACCCGCAAGGCGGUGCGAGCAACACUCAUCCUCAUUCCUCUGCUGGGUCUACACUACAUCCUCAUCCCGUUCAGGCCACCGAAGGGAUCUCCUGGCGAGGGCGUGUACCUCGUAGUGUCUGCUGUUGCAGCCUCCUUCCAAGGUCUUGGAGUGUCCCUUCUCUUCUGCUUCUUCAACGGAGAGGUACUGGGCAUCUUCAAGAAAAAAUGGAGCCAACACAAACUGAUGCGAGGCGGACCUAACUCCUACGCUGCCACCACCUUCUCGUUUUCUACUGUUCAACCCAUCCCCGUUUUCUACUGCAUGCUACAUUCUAGAUGGACACGCUAAAUGGACAUCCUAGUUUAUGUCCUACUGCUUCAAAUAAUUAAGUACAUGAAGUCCAGUAUGGCUGAUGGGAACACCACUGUUACCAAUUACGGUACAUCCAUCGAGGGUGACGACGUGUAAGCCUGUAUAUGAUGGAAACCCUAUUAUCAACAAUUAGACCAUAGGCCUACUGCACGUUUAUCGAGGGUGAAGACGUGUAGGCCUAUGCAUGUUGGGAACCCAACAAUCACCAUUUAAACCCUAGGCCUACUGCACGUCCGUCGAGGGUGGCAACGUGUAGACACGUGGUAGCAACACUUCAAAAUAACGUAACUGAGAGAAGAAAUGAAAUGUUAAAUCAAGGUAUCAAAACGUGCAUUCUAAAGAAGACAUUCUGAGUGAACGUAGUCAUAGAUUUAUGUUUGUAUUUGGGCUUUUCUGAGAAAAAUUGCGAGAUAAACCUAGUUAGUAAGGGUCUCUCUGUUCAGUUUUACUACAACUGUUAAACUUUCACAGGAAUAACACAUUUCGUUACUGAUGAAUAAUACUUAGAUUAAUCUUACAAUACCUUUGUUAAGCAGAUUUAAGGUAUAUUACGUUUUGUGAAUUUUAAUAAUAGAUUAGGCUAUUUGAUAAGUUUUGAAGGGAAUUAAACGAAUUACAUACCAUAUAUAUUUAGGUUGAAACAUCUACUUCGUUGAACUUUUUAUAAAAAAAUAUUUUUUAAAAGAAUAUUGGACUUGUGUGACCAUUGCAUAUCAAGAAUAGCAGUUACACAGAGUCCAAAGAGAACUUGCACCAAUAGGUGAUCUUCAAUUAGACGUCAAAACAAUGUAAAGUUGUAGUUCUCUUCUCAGCAGAUUUCCUGCAUUUAAGCCAUUUGUAGAGGAAUUAAAAAAAGUGAUUCAGGAUCAUACUUUUGUAUCUGUUGAAUUCUAAAUACAUUGAAGAAUCAUCUUUAACAGUGUGAGUAUAUCCUAAUAUUUCUGAAAAUAUGUGUACAUACUAAUCUCUAACUUUUUUGAGAGCGUGUAUAUUCUAAUCUCUUGGAAAUUAUGUAUAUACUUAUUACCUUGAUAGCGUUGUAUGUGUGUGUGUGUGUGUGUGUGUGUGUGUGUGUCUGUCUGUAUAUACCUCAUUCUAACCUUGUAUAUUCUAACCUUGUAUAUUCUACCCAUGCUGUCUUUAUUUUGAAAUAUUCAAAUUUUUGUUAGUAAAUAAUUUAAAAUAUUUAAUCACCUGUUGCCAAAAAAUUUUUAAUGUCAUUUUCCUCGUAGGAAUGAAUCUUACUCCAUAUACACUUGCAUAUAGGCUUUCUCGAAGAAGAAUUUAUUUUUUAUCUUGAAUCACCUUCCUAACUUGCAUUUAUCUAUCAGUAUAUUAGUCAAAUAAAUAAGAAAAGCAUGGAAACUAUGCAGUCAGUUCAUUUGUUUUCAAACUUUUCUUGGUAUUGCUUUAAAUUUGUAAGUAUCUUUGUCAGUAUAGACCUGCAACGAUCUCUGUCUAUCAGCUAAGUCCUUUAAAUAUAUAAAUAUAUAUAUGUA